AUGCUACCAGAGAAUUAUUCCAACCGGCCGGUUGCCGUCCUAGGAGGUGGCGUAUUGGGUAGACGCAUUGCUUGCACUUGGGCAUCUGCUGGAUAUGACGUCAAAAUUCGAGAGCCAGAUCAAAGCCAGCAUGAACCUUGUCUCGACUACAUCAUGGAGAAUGUCAUGAAGUACCCUGCUGCCGGAAAGAAAAGUGCUGGAACUGUCAGAAUAUUCCAAGAUCUUGACAUGGCUGUCCAAACCGCAUGGCUAGUCAUUGAGGCAGUUCCUGAGAAAAUUCAAAUCAAAAUAGACACUUUCUCGGAACUCGAAACUCAUGCCCCUAAGGAUGCCAUUUUAGCCAGCAAUUCGUCAUCAUACAAGUCUUCUGAGUUGCUUGGGAAGGUCAAAGACACAACGAAAUCGCGAGUUCUGAACACACAUUACUACAUGCCUCCCGAGAACAUGGUAGUUGAGCUGAUGACAGAUGGUUAUACCGAUCCAGACAUCUUCCCUUUUCUAAUGGAUAGACAGAGAGAAGUUGGUUCUAAGCCGUUUUUCGCAAGAAAAGAAUGCACAGGAUUUAUAUUCAACAGACUCUGGGCAGCGAUAAAACGGGAGACGCUAUCCAUUCUCGCUGAAGGAGUAUCAACACCUGAGGAAAUCGACACUCUCUUUAUAGAAUUAACAAGAAGCUGGGGAGGACCCUGCAGGUUUAUGGAUGCCGUCGGUUUAGACACCGUUGCCCUUAUUGAAGACCACUACAUCAGAGAGCGUCAGCUAUCCUCAACUUAUACUGUGGAUUUCUUGCGUCGCGAAUAUCUUGCUAAGGGUAAACUUGGUGCAAAAUCUCCUUGUGGUGGCCUCUAUCCUCCUCAGCCCAAGAGCGUAAUAUGCGACAACUCCGCAUUGCUGAACUAG